AAAAAAAUCAACUAGUGAAGUAUGUAUAGUUUAAAUGUAAUUAGGCUAUAUUAUAUACACAUGCUGUCUGCGUAAUAGAAAGUGCUUUUUUAUUUUAUUUUUUUACAUGCAUACUACCAAUGAAGAAAAGAAAAGAAAAAAAAAGGACGGAGGUUAAAUUAAAUAAACUUGUUCUUCUUCUCCGUAGCAAGUAAAUAUAUUUUUACAUACACUUUUAUUGCUUUUUCUCAAUCAAUCAAUCAAUCAUGUCACAAAUUCAAAGUAUGGCCAUUUUGGGCAUUCGUUCAUUUAGUCCAGAGGAACCAAGUUAUAUAAAUUUUUUUUCUCCUUUAACUUUAAUUGUUGGGCCUAAUGGUUCUGACAAUAAUUGAAAGUCUUCGAUUUGCUUGUACUGGCGAUUCUCCACCUAAUAGUAAAGGUGGUGCAUUUGUUAAUGAUCCAAAAAUUGCAGGUACUAAUGAAGUAAAAGCUCAAGUGAAGCUUAAGUUUUAUAAUGUCAAUGGGCAAAAAAUCGUUUGCAGUCGUUCUUUAGCUGUCACUCAAAAGAAAGCAUCUGUUACUCAGAAAACAAUUGAUAAUACAUUAUUAAAAUAUGAUCCAGUGACAGGAGAGGCAUUUAGUAUUACUAACAGAUGUGCUGAUAUAGAUGCAGAACUUCUAGUCCACUUGGGUGUACCUAAAGCUAUUUUAGAUAAUGUUAUAUUUUGUCAUCAGGAAGAUAGUAAUUGGCCACUUUCUGAGUCAAGUGUAUUAAAAAAGAAGUUUGAUGAUAUAUUUUCUUCCAAACGAUUUGCUGUUGCAUUGGAUAAUAUAAAGGAGAUACGUAAAGAAACGACACAAGAGAUUCGUCUUGGUCAUGUUCGAUUAGAGGCCUUGAAGACAGAUACAGUAAAAGCGAAAAAGAUACGUGAGCAUUUAAGAAAACUGAAUCAGCAGAUGACUGCUAAAGCAGAGAAAUUAGAGUGGAUUGAAUCCAAAAUUACAACUGUUGAACAAGAAACAAGCCGACUGAAUCAAGUCCUUCGUCAUAUUGGAGAUAUUGGGGAUCAAAUUCAACAAUUGACGAAUAAGAAAGAGUUUUAUGAAAGCACAUUACGUUCUAUUGAAUCUCAUAUGACUCAUCGUGAAGAAUCGACUGAGGAGUUGAUUGAAUUAUUGAAAAGACAUCGUAUCAAGGAAGACGAAAAUCAGGAAGAAAAAGUGGCAGUAACGAUUGAAAAGUCAAAGUUGGAAAGAAAGUUAAAAAGAAUGAGAGAUGAAUUAUCACAGGGGCACCUAGAGAUGGGUCGUUUAGAGGCGUCACGUGAGGAACAUGAACGACAGAUAAAGUUACGGUCUGAUUUAAUUCAAAGGAUCAACGCCUCACACUCUUUAAAUCUACCAAUAGAAGAUGGUAUAACAGCUGCCCGUACCUUUAAAGAUUGGAUAAAAGAAAACGAAUCAAAAAAUGAAAAACUAAAGGAUGAAGCGAUGUCUAAACAAAAUGCUCUUUCUGAUGAAUUACAAGUUUUAAGGAGUCGACAUUUGUCUAUUGAAGAAAAUAAGAAAUACUUGCAAAAACGUAUUAUAAAAUUCAAAUUGAUAUAAUUACAAACAAAAUCAAGAGCUUUCAGAUAUCCAAAAUUGAACUUGAUUCAAUUAAAAAU